ACAGAUUCAUGGAAAGGUUGCUGGCAGUGGGUUUGACUCUUUUCCUCACACUUUGUGUGGACACACUGGAAGCUGGAGGACAGACGGAGGGAAUCAAUGGCGAAAACAUACGUCCACCACGUUCCGCAGAUACAAAAGCAGGCCGUUGCUCCUACACCUUCAUUGUUCCCCAGCAGAAACUGACAGGGGCUCUGUGUUUGAACACACAGUUGGCCAGGACCAACCAGUCCGAGGUGGCAGCGCUGCAGGUGGAACUCAAACGGCAGCAGGAACAGCUGGACCUGGUCCAGCGCCAGCUGCAGCAGGAAGCCUCUCUCGCCAUGGAGGUAAGAGCACUGCGGAAAGAGAGCAACGACAUGAAUUCUCGCAUUGCAGAGCUCUAUGCACAGCUGUUGAAUGACGUCAUCCAUAAGAAGGACCAGGCUUUGGAGCAGCAAAGGGUAGAGAGCCUGCUGUUAAAUGCUACAACACAGGCACUGCAAGUGUCCAGUAAUUACAGGGAGCUGGAGAAGAAAUAUGGAGCUCUAACCUCCAUGAUGAACUCCCAGAAUCAAGUUAUUGCCAAAUUGGAGAAGCAGUGCCAGUGUAGAGAGUCCAGCCAGACAUCUCUGGAGGUGACUGAACCGCCAAAAAGCCAGUCUAACCUGCAUCAUAAUUACAGCUCUGAAGCCAAUGAAAUGACCAAUGACGUUCAAAGGGACCAAAGUAUUUCUCUGUCACCGCAAACAAAAAGAGGAGGAAUGCAUUCCCUCCCGGCGACUACCAUCAAUACUCCCACUGACGUGCCCUUUGUUAGCUUCCCGGUCACAAAAUCCCCAGGGCCGUGGCGGGACUGCCAGCACGUCCUGGACUCAGGUGAGACCACCAGCGGGAUCUACCUGCUCCACCUGCAGAGUGCCAACCGAAUCCUGCAGGCCUGGUGCGAGCAGAGUCACGCUCAAGGAGGCUGGACGGUCAUCCAGCGGAGACAGGAUGGCUCCGUCAACUUCUUCAGGGCUUGGGAGCAGUACAAGCAAGGCUUUGGGAAUCUAGACGGAGAGUACUGGCUCGGCUUGGAACACCUCUACUGGCUGACGAAGCAGGCAAAGUAUAAGCUGCGAGUGGCCAUGGAGGACUGGCAGGGUCGGCAGGUGUUUGCUGAAUAUGACAGCUUCUCCCUGGAACCAGAGAGCGACUGGUACCGCCUGCGCUUAGGACAAUACCGCGGAAAUGCAGGGGACUCCCUCUCGUGGCACAACAACAAGGCCUUCACCACCCUGGAUCGAGACAAGGACAGCUACACAGGUAACUGUGCUCAUUACCAGAAAGGAGGCUGGUGGUAUCACAUGUGUGCCCACUCCAAUCUGAAUGGUGUGUGGUAUCGAGGGGGACACUAUCGGAGCCGUUUCCAGGAUGGGGUCUACUGGGCGGAGUUCCACGGAGGGUCCUACUCCCUCAAACGAGUUUCCAUGAUGAUCAAACCCACAUAGCUGGAUCACGGACGAGCCAGAGGCAGAAAAAAAUAGACAACAUAAAAAUACAGGAAAUAUAUAAAUGUAUAGUGUGAAACUAUCUUCUUUUUCUUUUACUGUGUCUGUGUAACCAAUGUUAUAAAGUGAAUAGCAUGCACCUUAAAUAAAUG